CGGGGCGGGACCCGGAGGCGACGGCGCUGGUCGGGAGCGCGGCGGGGAGGAGGCGGAGCGGCCGCGCGGAGCAGGAACAGAGAUGCCAUUGAGAGCCCUCGCUGCCGGGAUGAGGCAAGAUCGGCUCUGGGAUUGCUCACUGUUCUCCUGAGAGAGGAGUGACUGGCCUGAGGGCACCUGGAGCCUAGCACCCCGGAGGUGAGCCCAGCACCCAGGAGGGGAACCCAGCACCCCAGAGGGGAACCCAGCACCCCGGAGGUGAGCCCAGACCGACCUGAGGAGGAGCCUGUGUCCUGUGUCCUUGGGAGCUGCUCACCGGAUCGAGAUGACCACGGCCACCACCUUGGGGGAUGCAGUUUUCUCACUCAACAUGACCAGAGGAGAAGACUUCCUGUAUAAGAGUUCUGGAGCCAUCGUGGCUGCCAUCGUGGUAGUUGUCAUCGUCAUCGUCACCUUGGUCCUGAUCCUGCUGAAGAUGUACAACAGGAGAAUGAGGUCUAGGCGGGAGCUGGAGCCCAAGAGCCCGAAGCCACCUGUCCCUCCUGCCCUGGACCCAAACAGCAACGGCAGCCAGCAGCCUGCCGCUGUGACCCUCAACCCUGCCGACGUCCAAGCGGAGACUCGGUGACUAUGCCCUGGUGCCAAUUCUGCCUCUGCAAAGAGCUUUUGUGACCUGAAAGCACACUCUUUUGGCAGCUUCACUGAGUUCUUUCUGGUUGGGUAAACUGAGGCACACCGUUCCCACAGCCCCUGCAGCUUGAAGCCACCCUUAACUAUGCCCUGCUCUGGCCGCCCCAGCUGUGUCCAUGUCCCUGCUGUCACUCUGCCGAGGAGCCGUGGAUGUCCUUUUGUCACCCGAUGGGAAGCACUAUGCUGAGGAUAUGGUGCGAGCCUGCUCCUCGACCUACAAAUGCUGAAGCUGGACAGACAGACACCUGAGUCUUCUUGACAGGGGUCAGGGAGUGCUAAUGACAGUGCCACCCAGGGAGCCACUGGGAGCAUGUCCGCAGCUUUCUCACCCCCGUAGUCAGGUGCAGAGGAACUAACUUGGACUAACUAACCACAAAACUAAGUCUGUAACGUCUAACCUGCUCCAGUACUAGAUGGCCUCCGGCCAGCUCAUGACAGCCAGUCAACAACCCGCCUACCCCCAACAAAGGGUACAAGAGACUGAACUUGGUGGCACAUGCCUGUCAUUCCAGUACUCAGUAGAGGCAGGAACAUUGUGAUUACAGGGCCAGCUUUGGCUGCAUAUGAAGUUGUUUCUUUUAAAAAUCAAAACAAAAUAGAAUAAACAGUAUUCUCAAAAAAAAAAAAAAAAACUAUUUUGUUAGCAGUUAGAAUAAAGAGGUGCCCCGAAGAUCAGAGGUUAGCUAGCUCUCGGAUGAGGAGCAGAGGCUAGUUCUAGGAUGAAGAGCAGGGGCUAGCUCUUGGAUGAGGAGCAGAGGCUAGCUCUUGGAUGAGGAGCAGAGGCUAGUUCUAGGAUGAAGAGCAGGGGCUAGCUCUCGGAUGAGGAGCAGAGGCUAGGAUGUUACUUGCCCAGGGACCUGGGCUGUGUGGGCUGCUCAGGACCCUUCCUGCUGGCCCAGGUGGACUACUCUGGCUCUUCAUUUUCUGUCUCCCUUUUAUUUGGAUGCUAAGCUUCCCUGACUCGCCUCUGGGGACAAGUACUUUGAGACUCAUUAGAUCCCGUAUUUCCUGUAUCCUUCCUAGUCACCUUUCAGAGACUAAGUCAAAGCAGAAAACACCUGACUCUCUAUGACCUGGGCCAAAAGACAAUCCACUAAUAGGGACAAACGUGUCAGAACUAAGAGUUACGUCCAAGUUCUGUUUCCUGACCCUGAAAACGUGGUUCGGGGGCUUGCGAUAUGGCUCAGGAAGUAAUGUGGCCAAGCGUGACAACCGAAGUUCAAUCAUUAGGUCCCAUAUGGUAGAAGGAGAAAACAUCUCUCAUCUCUAUGUACAAACAAAUUAAACAUAAUUAAAAGUUAAAAAAAAAAAAAAGCUGCCUGGGGGCCUAGGGAGAUGACUCAGUGGCGAAGAGUGCAUGCUGCAGAAGCUUAAGGACCUAAGUUCAAAGCCCCAAGCCCCACCUGAAAAGCUGUGUGUGCUGAGGUUCACCUGCAGCCCAGCACUGCAAGGAGGCAGACACCGGGCGCUGUGGCUUGCUGACUGACCCUGCAGCUUCAGCGUCCGUGAGAAAGUCUGUCUCAGAGAGUAAGAAGAGAGCAGGCCACCUGAGGUCCUAAUCUGGCCUCCGGGUGUGCUAACGCAGGAGAUAUGCCACAAUACAUACACACACACAAACACGCACACACACACACACUUUUGUUGUUAAGACAGGGUCUUACUAUGUAGCCCUGACUGGCCUGGAGCUCUGUAUGUAAUCAAGCUGGCCUCGAAUCCCACUUAUAAUCCCAGCACUUGGAGGUAGUUAGAUUUAUAUAUAGGAGGAUCAAGAGUUUAUGGUCAUCCUUGGUUACACAGAAAACUCAGGCUCACUCUGGGCUACACUAAACCUUCUCUCAAACAAACAAGAAACUUCCUUUGAGCAGCUGUGGAAAAGUACUAGGAAGUUCUCAUCCUCAGCCAUCUACCCCUGUGUGUCUAAAUACCCAUCAUGCUAUGCUCCAGCCACAGUCCUGAGUUAUCCUAAGUUAUGUCCUAAGUUAUCUCAUAGGAUUUCACUCUCUCUCUGGGCCUGCAAGCUCAUCUUUCCACUCUCAGAUGAGAAUUUCCAGCUCACAAAGGGUAAGAACCUACUGGGAGUCCCAGGGCUGGAAUGGUGGAGACAGGGCUCUGAGGUCAGCUUUGGCAUGACCCUUCCUCCCAUUCUCUCCCUCCCCCCAAAGAUAACAGCUUCUUGGGAGUGGAUGCAGGAUGCCUGUUCUGUGUGCGGGACUGGGAUCUGACUUCCCAGCUGAAGGGCCGGAGCACUUUGGUGGGUUCCUGUUGGCACUGAUGAACAUUGCAAGAGAGUACUCUCUAACCCUCUCUCCCCCUUGGCUCCCAGUGCCCUGCUUCACCUGCUUCCUGUAAGGCCCUGGGCAAGCCCCAGUAGAUAAUGUUCCCCUGAACACUUUCUGCUUUAAAAACAAAACAAAAACAAACAAACAAUCCCUUGUGCUGCUGGAGACAUGGCUCCUCAAGGCCCUUUCCUCCAUCCCCAGCAUUGGGGGGAAAAAUCAGCCAGAACGUUCCAGCCUUAAAACUACCUUCUUUGCCCACAGGAAGGUCUUCUACUGCUAAUUAGUGCUUGGGAACGAAGAGGGAAGAGGGGGACCGAAGAGUGAGGGUGGGAUCCAGUGAGAUGUCUUCAUUGUUCUGCUUUUCAGUAACGAAGAUAACCCAGUUAGGCUCCCUUGGUGGCUCUGUGCACGUUGAGGCGGCUCCUUGGUACAGGGAGACAGGGCCCCAGUUUCAGCAGGGGGUUGUGCAGCUCCUUCUGCUCCCCAUUCCCACAGGUCCCUCUCUCACCCGGGCAGGCUCUCUCUCCAGCGGCCACGGAAUCAAGGGAAGAUAUU